AGUAGUUUUUCCUCAAUUUCCAUCUCGACUGGCAACGUUCUUCUUCUAACGACCAAAUGGCGAUGCCGCCGAUGAAUCUCAACCUGACGCCGGCUCAUGAGCCGCCGGAAGGAAUAACGUCCAACUUCAUCGAUCCACCCUCACUGCUGCCUGCCGCCAUCGCUGUGGCCGUCAUUAUCCAAGUUCUCACCAUCCCAUUCAUACUCGCCCGAGCCUACGUCAACAUUUUCAUAGCGAAGCGGCUCCGAAUCGAGGAUUGUCUUUCGUACCUGGCCUACUGUGGAUUGAUUGUCUAUACAGUUCUUUGCACUCAUGCGUCGGUCAUUGGUGGUGCGCAUCACAUGUGGGAUAUCAGUAUAGCUCAGUUCAUCCGGGUGUUAUACAUCUUCAACAUCGUCUUCAUCAACAUGAGCAUCACAACCUGUCUGGCGAAGACGGUUAUCUUCCUCCAGCUCAAAAAGAUCUUUACAACAAGGCAACGCGGCAUCGUCUUCUGGAUUAUCAUCGGCUCUUUGGUGGUCAAUGUGAUCUUCUACACGAUAGUAACGUUCCUUUAUACUUUCGCUUGCACGCCGCGCGAAAGAAUCUGGAAUCUGUUUACCCCAGGUACCUGCAUUGAUACCAACACGCUUCACCUUGCUGGAGGAUCGCUCAACGUAAUCAGCGACAUCGAGGCGCUGUUAGUCCCAGCUUGGGCAAUCUGGCAACUGAAGAUGCAGUUGAAGAAGAAGAUAGCAGUGUUUGCGGUAUUCGGAAUAGGCAUUAUUGCGGUUACGGUUGGAAUCCUGGGGUUGGUCUGGAGAAUCAAGGUGAUUGAAGGAUCGGACUACACAUGGUUGAUGAUGCAGACUGGACUUAUUGGUAUGGCUGAAACUGCCGCCGUCAUCAUUGCAGGCUGCUGCCCUUGCAUUCCACGUCUUGUGCGCCACGUCAAGGGACAAGCAAGCACACGUGGAGGAUAUAGCGAUGGCAAGCGCUCGUCAAUCAUGGAUAAGCCACCCACGAACUCCAAUCCGUUCCAAAAGUACCUGGCAAGGGACUCUGCAAUCUCGCAGCUCGCAUCGAGAACUUCAGAAGAACAUCUCCAGCUCCAUGAAUACCCGAAAGUCGACGUUGAUGGCAACUCAGGUGGAAGUUGCAUCAGUGUGGAGAGGAGUACAGAGAGGAGCACAAGUGAUGAAGGCCGUCGAAUUGAGCGAACGACACAUAUUGUCCAGAUCACUUCAAAUAGUCCUACGCCAUGAGCUUUUGGGCAGAUUAUGCCGCAAUUACAAAGACGCUCUAUCCACCAUCUAUAGCACUAGCAAAAACCAAACAAAUAUGAUGAGUAAUUAUUUUUUAGCGA